AUCCACGAACACAUGUUCACCACUCGCAGCAGCAUCCGGAGAGUGCGGCCAAGAUAAAGAGCGCUAGAGAGCUGCUGCUGCUGCUGCCGCCUAUGCCCGGCACUAAUCCCAACCAACGGACCGACCGGCAUAGCGGACGCCUUUUUAUCGCAACCCUCGUAUGCGCGCAGGGUAGUUCGAGCGACAAGAAACCACUUCAUCAAGAUGUCGAUCGCGGUACGUUGGGCAAAGCGGCGUGUCUUCGUCACGAUCACGAUCGUGCUCGUGGUGUACUACUUCCUGUCCGCCUCGUACCAGCCGUACCAGAUCAGUACGGUCAUCCCGCGUACCAAGCCGGAAGACGUGUGGGAGUUUGUGGCUGACUUUAGCCGCAUGAAGAAGCUCAACCCAACCAUACUCAACUUCCGCAUUCUGGCCGAUCACGGCAACUUUGAGCAUUGGAAAUAUACAGUCGAGUACGACGAGCGGUUAUCGCACUGGCCGCACACGUUCAACACGGCGAUCGGGCACUACUCCGUCCGGAAGCUGCCCGAAUCGGAAGGUGGACACUAUUCCGUUGCCUCCACGCAUCGGACAUGCUUUCUGCUUGGCCUUUUCUGCUUGAACGCGAAAGGCGAGUUUAAGAUAUCGCGCAUCCACCAGGAGGAUACGUACUGCGAGGAAACGGUACGCUACCAGUGUCCCUUUUUCUUCGGCCGGUUCUGUCGCCGCGAGGUGGAGUUUCAGCGGCAAGCCAUCAUGGAGAACCUGCGGUUACAGUUCAAGCAGAAAGCGUUCGGAAAGUGAUCGGUCGGUAGGGUGGAAAUACGACUUUACAUUGAGCGAUUAAACAGUAGAGAUAAGAUUUUUAAUAAGACUUGGAUAAGACUGCGUGCGUAUACGUGGUCAUCUGUGCUGAGCGACUUUUUGUUUGGUGCUUAUUAAACAAGCUUGUAAACUUAUUUAGUGUGUUCUUGCCCGUACAAAGAAUAAAUCAUUGCAAAAAGGCUUAAAAACUACAA